UGUCAAUCGCCAAUUCUUUUCUUUGAAAACUUCAGUAGAAACUCAAACAACCAAAAUGUCUGAUAACGAAGUUGAUGAUGCACCCCCAGCCCCACAAGUUCAAUCUAGUUGUCCCAUGGACGUAAACCAAGCACUCCAAGAAGUCUUGAAAACAGCCCUUAUUCAUGAUGGAGUUGUUCACGCUUUGCAUGAGGCUGCUAAAGCUUUAGAUAAAAGACAAGCUGUACUUUGUUUGCUCGCUGAAAACUGUGACGAACCUAUAUAUAAGAAACAUUAG